GGGAACGUUGCCCUCUUCGGUAUCGUUCUCGGCCUCUCUUUGGACGCUCCCAAAUCUGCAUUCUCCUGUUAGGCAAGGAGACAUCUAUGGUCCAUGGAACCUCAAGGAAUUGUCAAAGCUUUCCGCAAACGAAAGAAGUUGAAAGAUGAGGUACCCACUGCGUCUUUAAAGAUUUGGAAAGAAGAAACCAGGAAUCAACAAGGGUGGUUGGAGCCAAUCACAGCUUAUGUGUUGCAAGCAGGAAUUGGCCAGGCCAGGGCUGAGAUCUUCUAUAAGCAGAUCAUCCACAAUGGAGGACACAUCUGCAGCCAGUUUUCCCCAGAUGUGACACAUGUAAUAGUAGAUGAAGACAUGGAUUUUGAUCGGGCUUUUCGGCUCCUCAAACUCAAAAAGUUACCUCAGGGAUUUCAACUAGUUAAGGCAUCAUGGCUGAGUUCUUGUAUUACAGCACAGCAGAUCUUGGACACUACUGACUAUAGACUCAUCAUUCCAGAGAAAUAUCUGGAUGAGACAGGCUUUUCAGUGGAACACUCGCCAUUAUUGAAGGAGGAUAAGAUUCACCCCAAAGCAGAGAGCACAGUUAUGGAACCAAAAGAAGAAUCAAACACUGAGAUCAGCUCUUUCUGUGAUACUGUACAGAGGACGUUAGAUAAUGAAGAAAUUGAAGAGGACAAACCUGUUGUCACUCUGGAGGAACUGAAAGCACUGAAGUCAGGCCAAGACCUGAACACUUUGUCAGAAGGCUCAUCAGUGUGCUCUCCCCCUGGCAAGUGGGUUUGUGCUCGGUCUUCUGAAAGCAAGAAAACUAAUCAUAAUCAGUGCAUUACAGAGAAGCUGGAAGUGCUGGCUAAAGCCUACUCUGUCCAAGGAGACAAGUGGAGGGGUCUAAGCUACUCUAAAGCUAUUAACGCACUCAAGAGUUAUCAUAAGCCAGUCACGUGUUAUCAGGAAGCCUGUAAGAUUCCCGGAAUAGGAAAACAGAUGGCAGAAAAGAUUGUAGAAAUCCUGGAGAGUGGGCAUCUUCGAAAACUUGACCACAUCAGUGACAGUGUCUCAGUGCUAGAAUUAUUUUCCAAUAUAUGGGGAGCAGGAGUAAAGACUAGCCAGAUGUGGUACCAGCAGGGUUUUCGCACUCUGGAUGACGUCCGCACUCGGGCCUCUCUCACCAGCCAGCAAGCUAUUGGCCUUAAGUAUUACAAGGACUUCCUGGAACGCAUGCCACGGCAAGAAGCUGCUGAAAUUGAGCAGACGGUUAGAGAAGCAGCUCUGUCUAUUAUACCUGAACUAGUUUGUAUAGCAUGUGGCUCUUUCCGGCGCGGAAAACCCACUUGUGGAGACGUGGAUGUACUGGUGACUCAUCCUGAUGGAUGCUCCCACCAAGGAGUAUUCAACAAACUGCUCGACGUUCUUCAUCAAAGUGGCUUUCUCACGGAUGACUUGGUGAAUCAGGAAGACAAUGGAAGCCAGCAGAAGUACCUCGGAGUCUGCCGUUUACCAGGCCCAGAUAGGCACCACAGGCGCCUCGACAUCAUUGUGGUGCCCUACAGAGAGUUUGCCUGUGCUUUGUUGUACUUCACGGGCUCAGCCCACUUCAAUCGCUCCAUGCGAGCCCUGGCCAGGACUAAAGGCAUGAGUCUGUCAGAGCAUGCCCUCUGCAGUGGUGUAGUGCGAGGACCAAAUGGCCUCAAAACUGGAUCUGGGAUUGUCCUGUCCACGCCUACUGAGAAGGAUGUGUUUGUACAUCUGGGGUUGCCUUACCGGGAGCCAUAUGAGAGGGACUGGUAAAGGCAAGAAAAGAAGUAGCCUCAGUUAGCUUCAGGGAGAUAUGGGAACUUGCAUGAUAUUUUCAAACAUAUACUGCAUAUCCUUUGCUUCUUUUCCUUGAGGCGUAUUUGCAAAGUGAAGGACUUGAUAAAAGAAUAGAAUAGAAUUCUUUAUUGGCCAAGUGUGAUUGGAUGCACAAGGAAUUUGUCUUGGUGUGUAUGCUCUUGAUGAGCAGUUUAUUGUUUUCCCCCACUGGCUUAAAAAUCCCAAGAUUUUUAAAGUCUCUUAUUAGUUUUGAAAGAUUUCAGUGAGAGGAAAAAACUAUGGACAAAUCAAUUCAUUCAGUUAUCAAUUCCAAGAACAAUGAUUGUAAAUCUUUAUGAUUGUAAAUCUUUUUUGCACAUUAAAAAAUCAACUAAUAUCUACUUAGGACAAAUAGGAAAUUUACAAAAUUUCACUACUUUUAAAGAGAUGAAUUGCAGGGUUGCUAUCCUUACAGUAUUUUGGAGAGUUGCCUGGAGGGCUCCGGGCUAAUUACACUCUCAACUUAAUCCACCUCAUAGGGCUAUGGUAAGAAAAAUAGGCAGGAGCUUAAUGUGCAUCGUCUUGUAGGAAGUUGGCACCCACCCCUAUGGAAUAUCCUAGGAAAUAUUAAAAAGGCAGAAUAUUUCCCCUAAAAGGAAAGUAGAAACUCAGAGAGGCAGAA